CCUCUCGCCCCCUUCACUCCACUUCUUUCUCCAUUUCUCUCGCUCUCUGUGCCCAGUAGACAGCAGUAGAAUAGAAAGCCAAGUGAAAAGCAAAGUUGAGCAAAAGCCAAACGGGAAAGGGGGGUGAGAAAGAAGCUGAUACCCAUACAGAAGAGACCUUCUCUCCCAAACCGCCCCAAGAAGAAGAAGGAAGAAGAAAACCCAAGUUACCAUUUCUAUUCACUCUCCACAGGCAGUGAAGAGGAGGGUUUCUUCUUUGCAUGUAGUAGAUUUGCUCUUUUGGAAUUGGAACCCUAACUUCCAUCUCCAACGCCACCUCACUUCCUCUACUUCCCAUUCUCCUUUUGAUGGCCGGUAACCCUUCCGACACUCCCACCGACGAUUUCCUCCAGGAAAUCCUCGGCCUCCAGAGCUUCGCCUCCGCCGACCCUUCCCUCGUUGGCGCCGAUGCCCUCUCCGCUGCUGCCUCCGCCCAUGCUCCCAUGUUUCUCCAGCUCAGUUCCGGCGACCCCUCCGCCACCGGGAUCAACGCCCUAACCGGCUCCUCCCACGGUGAUGCCGCCGGUUUCCAGGGUUUCCCACUGGGGCUCAGCUUGGACCAAGGAAAGGGAGGGUUUCUCAAGCACGAGGAUGCCUCUGGCAGCGGUGGUAAGCGGUUCCGAGACGAUGUCCUUGACGGCAGAGUUGCCAUGUCCAAAAAUGUUUUUCAUGGUCAACCAAUGCCCACAACUGUACCUGCUGCCGCGCCUCACCCCCCAGCAAUGCGUCCAAGGGUCAGGGCAAGAAGAGGGCAGGCUACAGAUCCACACAGCAUCGCUGAGCGUCUGCGCAGAGAAAAAAUAGCAGAAAGGAUCAGAGCAUUACAGGAGUUGGUGCCUAGUGUCAACAAGACAGAUAGAGCUGCGAUGCUCGAUGAAAUUGUGGAUUAUGUGAAGUUUCUCCGACUUCAAGUUAAGGUUCUGAGCAUGAGUCGGCUGGGUGGAGCUGGCGCAGUUGCACCACUUGUAACGGAGAUCCCACUAUCUUCAGUUGAGGAUGAAAAUGGUGAAGGUGGGAGAAGUCAACCCGCGUGGGAGAAGUGGUCCAACGAUGGUACAGAGAGACAAGUAGCCAAACUCAUGGAGGAAAACGUUGGUGCCGCCAUGCAAUUCCUUCAGUCAAAGGCUCUCUGCAUCAUGCCCAUCUCCCUGGCAUCGGCCAUCUACCACACGCAGCCACCGGAUCCUCCAGCCACUGUUAAACCAGAAACAAACCCACCAUCGUAGAGAAAACAUAACCAGUGAAGAUCCUACCCGAAUUAGUACUGGUAAGUCCGUCCAACAAAGGUCGCUCCCAAAAAUUGGUCCCCGUUUCAAAAGGGUCUUUCUUUUUCUCCUUUGCCGAUCCUUAUUUAUUGCAAAUAUGCUUCGAGGGUCCCGAGGGGUUUUUGUCCCAUUCCAAAGACUACGAAUUAGAUGUCGUUAGGUUGGGGACUAAGUCUGAAAUUCCAAAUUGCAAUCAAAGUCAGAUGCCAUGGUUCCUCUUUAUAGCUUUUGUUUCUUUUUUUUUUCACUCCUGGUGCUUUAUUUUUUCUUAUGAAAACAGGGGUUGGAUGUCAAAUGCCUAAACAAUUGCAGGCAGGGCCUUUUGGAGUCUUGGUGGCCAAGUCCCCAUGAGAGAGAGGGAGAAGAAUUUGUCAAAGGCUUACUUGAUAGAUAAUGCUCUUCUUUUUGGUACCACUGGUGGGACUGGGAAUUGGUGGACAAUGAUGGAAGCACCUUUCUUUCUUUCUCUCUUCCUAUUUUCUUCCCUCCUUUUCUUCUCUUACUAGUUAGUGGAGGGCUCUGUUUCGGUUUCCCUUUUCUUUUUCUUCUCUGGUUCUCUUUUGGGGAUGAUUAGUGGGUUGUGGGACCUUGUAAAGGGGUAGUGGGUGGGUAUUAGGGUAUUUUAUUGUAACAGGAUAUCAAUGGGAAUGCAAAAGUCAGGAGAAUGGAAUGGAUAAUGGUUGGUUAUUGGUUUCUUCAAGGAGUCAAUUAGUCAAUGUGCUUUGCUUGGUGGUGGUAUCCCGUUUCGUAGGAGUGCGGGGAGUUUGAGCCUAUUCGUGCAAUCCUUAAUAUGCUGCAGG